UGAGGGAACUGAAGCGGCCAACACUGUACAGUACAACAGCAGUGUGAAGAUGGCGGAGGGUGAAUUGAACGUGGAUAGCCUCAUCUCUCGGCUGUUGGAAGUGCGGGGAUGUCGCCCGGGGAAGAUAGUCCAGAUGACAGAGGCGGAGGUGCGGGGUCUUUGCAUCAAAUCCAGGGAGAUCUUCCUCAGCCAACCCAUCCUGCUGGAGCUGGAAGCACCCCUGAAGAUCUGUGGUGAUAUUCAUGGGCAGUACACAGACCUAUUGAGGCUGUUUGAAUAUGGUGGCUUCCCUCCAGAGGCAAAUUACCUUUUCCUGGGUGAUUAUGUGGACAGAGGGAAACAAUCCCUGGAAACCAUUUGCCUUCUGCUUGCCUACAAGAUCAAAUACCCAGAGAACUUUUUCCUGCUCAGGGGCAACCAUGAGUGUGCUUCCAUCAACCGCAUCUAUGGGUUCUACGACGAGUGCAAGCGCAGGUUCAACAUCAAGUUGUGGAAGACUUUCACUGACUGCUUUAACUGCCUCCCCAUUGCUGCUAUUAUUGAUGAGAAAAUCUUCUGCUGCCAUGGAGGGCUAUCACCGGACUUGCAGUCGAUGGAGCAAAUCCGCAGGAUCAUGAGGCCCACAGACGUGCCCGACACAGGUCUGCUAUGUGACCUGUUGUGGUCAGAUCCAGACAAGGAUGUACAAGGCUGGGGAGAGAACGACCGCGGGGUCUCCUUCACCUUCGGAGCAGAUGUGGUCAGUAAGUUCCUAAACCGGCAUGACCUGGACCUCAUCUGCAGAGCCCACCAGGUUGUGGAGGAUGGAUACGAGUUCUUUGCCAAACGCCAACUGGUCACACUUUUCUCUGCUCCAAACUACUGCGGGGAGUUUGAUAACGCAGGCGGCAUGAUGAGUGUUGAUGAAUCCCUCAUGUGCUCCUUCCAGAUCCUAAAACCCUCAGAGAAGAAGGCCAAGUACCAGUACGGUGGUGUAAAUUCUGGCCGGCCCGUCACCCCACCCCGCACCACCCAAGCCCCCAAGAAGAGGUGAACAUACAACCGUGGCUCUCCCUCCUCCUUCUCACCUCAUGCAACCCCCGUCUGCCAUCAUGGCGCCCCUCUGUAACUCCCCUGUAUAGUGAAGAUACAGGGCUUAUCUAAUUGCCCGAAUCUUUCUUCUCCUCCUUCCCCACUCAACCAACCCCUCGUCAACUCCACUGACAGCUCUUUUCUUAAUGUGUACGUGUACAUAAAUUUGCUGUGACCAAUCUUUUUCUCUUUUUUUGCCUGUUUGUUGGUAUUUUUGAUAUUAUUAACAAAUAAUCUUUUUUGGUGGUUUUAUUUCUAAUGCUUUUUCUUUUGUUUUCUUUCUUUUCUGGUUUUCUGGGCUUCUGUGUUGUGUAAAGGAAUGCCUUCUCUGUUUAGAGCGGCAACAUGACCAAGUCACCAUAAAUCUUUUUCAAAACAAAAUGAAGGUUCAACGUUAUUUUGCCUUGACCUCUCAAAAAACCGAGAGAAUCUUUUCCGUGUGCUUCAGUUCAGACUGCGGUUUCUGUGCAAUGAUAGUUCCCUAGACACAAAUAACAUUUCUUUUAAUCCAGUUUAACAUCUUAAACUCGUUACAGCAUGUGCAGUGCACUUUGUGGUUGUUGUGCACAAGCACAUUUUAUAUAUUUAACCAAUGAGAAAGCGCAACUCCCAAUGAGUAGCAGAGAAUGUGAACAGACCGACUUGAAUGAAAUAUAGAGGCUAAAUCAGAUGCUGCUGGCAGUGACACGCUCUACCCGAAAACAACGCCCUCUGGGCAUCAAUUUCUCCACUCUGUUAAUGCCUCCCUGCGCCACAGCUCCACUCCCACACAAAAACAUGCCGCUCUCCACAGAAAGCUGGCAUUAACCUUUUCCUUGGUGUAUUUAAUAUUUGUUCUGAUUAAGAUAAUUUGCCUUCAUUUAAAAAAAAAAGAUCUUGAUUUAUAGUGAAAGGUGAGCGAGAGAGACUUUUUGAAUGUUUGAACAUCUGUGGUGGGUUAAGUUCUUGCAGAAGCAUUUAUGACAGUGGUGGGUUUUAUAUGGGAGCAGCUAAUAUAAGGAGAUUGUGCUCUGCAAAGCUGGAUCUUUGUAUGGAGAGAAUAAAGAUAAGAAAUGUUAAACCACUGGCUGCAAUUUCACAGGAUUCUAAAUAAGCUCUUACAU